CCGCGGUGUGCUCAUAGGUAGAUGAUCUCAAGGAUAUCGGGGCGCUGGAGGAGUACAUCCAGAGCUCGCAGGUCAUCCUCUUCUUCCUCUCGCAGGGCUACUUCCGCUCCAAGAACUGCCUCCGAGAGGUCCGCUCGUCGCUCGAGAAGGACAAGCCGCUCGUCCUCGUCCAAGAAGCGGACCCUGAAAAGGGCGGCGGGACGCUCCAGGCGCUGCGCGACGAGUGCCCCGAGGACCUGCAGCCGGCCAUCUUUGACAACGACUGGCCGCUCACGAUUUGGUAUCGCAUCGAUGAGUUUCAGCUCAUCUCGCUCAAGAUCAUCGCCGAGGCGGUGCUCCUCUGCUCGCCCAACUUUCUGGACAGGACGUCCCUCCCGCUCUGCGUGUCGGGCGAGCUCGAGAGCCAGUCGCUCGCCUUUUCCAAACCGUGCACGCUCUGGGCCUCGCCAGCCAACGCGGGGUCGCUGGCGCUGGCCGAUGAGAUCGCCGCCGCCUUUGCCCCAGAUCGUGAGACCGCCGGUCUCACGAUCUGCACCACCGAUGAUCGGCCGGCCAGCGCGACGCACUUGCUGCUCUACCUCAACGAGGACAGCUUCGUCAGCGACGAGCGGCUGGCCGAGCAGGUCAAGCAGGCGCGGGAGGACAAGCUGAAGAUCGUCAUGGCGCACGAGAACGACCCCGCGCUCGGCGGCUGCCAGUUCUCGAGGUUUUUCGAAGUCACGCCGCAGGAGCUCAUCGCCGGCGGACUCUACAAGGACCUGGCAAAAUCCUGCUUCCCCGGCCACCACCGCAAGGUGUCGCUCGUCCUUCUGGCAAAGAGCCUAGGCGCGACCCCUGCUCGGUCGCGGGCGGGCCUCCUCGCUUCAGGCAGCGUCGUUGAGGGCAGCACCAGUCUCGCGAUGCGCAGCCUUGGCGGACUCAGCCGGGUGUUCGCCAAGAUGAGCAGCCGCAGCUCUGCGGAGGCGCGCGAGGUCUCUGGAGGCGAGGCGUCGUCGGUGCAGCAGCCGGUCUGAUCGGUUGCGCGAUGUCGUGCGCAAAACGUGCGGCGCGGCGAUGACCUGCAAACACGGGACGAUUAGUAGAGCUAGCUCGCACAUGGAGCAUCCGUGGGAUGUUGUGCGCGGCAUUCACAUUGCGUUGGAGGGAGGAGGGGGGGGCCACAAGUACAUGGACAUGUGCAUGCGCGUGUGCAUGCGCAUGUGCAUGUGCAUGUGCACGGGCAGUUCGGGUGGAGAUUAUGAUUUGCGUCGUGGGGUUCCUUCCAGCUCUUU